CCUUCCUCCACCAUCUGCAAARCCAUGUCCGUAAUUCUCCGGGUCUUACCCGACAUAGCAAUUCGAUCCAGACAUCUCUCCCGUCAAUCACUUCCAUUGUUUCGUGUUAAUCGCCUAAUUCUCAAACCCCUUUUGAGAAAAUCUUUCUCUUCUGUGUCUGCUUCCACGACUGAACCGGUUGUCAGUAAUUUCCCGGCAACUGGUAAGGAACAACCACAAYAAUCCCUACCCGGAUCCGUUCAAGAAACCGCCACUCUUGAAUGGGUCAAUCGAAAUGGUCUAUGCGGCGAAUUAUCUGAGGAUGAUGUGGGUAGACGGGUUAGAUUGUGUGGGUGGGUCGCACUUCAUCGGGGUCAUGGUGGGCUCACUUUCAUUAAUCUYAGAGACCAUUCUGGAAUCGUUCAGGUUACAACUCUUCCUAAUGAAUUCCCUGAUGCUCAUUCUAUGGUGAAUGACUUGAGAAUCGAGUAUGUCGUGUCUGUAGAAGGUGUUGUUCGGCUCCGUCCAAGUGAUUYGAUUAAUAAAAACAUGAAGACUGGCAUUAUAGAGGUCACUGCAGAGCUAGUCCAAGUGUUGAAUUCCGUGAGGGCUAAGUUGCCAUUCUUGGUUACCAGUGCAGAGGAUGCAAAAGAUUCUAUCAAAGAGGAAAUUCGCCUGAGAUAUCGUUGUCUUGAUCUACGUCGACCACAAAUGAAUUCCAACAUAAUGCUGCGACAUCAAGUAGUGAAGCUUAUGCGAAGGUAUUUAGAAGAUGUACAUGGUUUUGUGGAGAUUGAGACUCCAAUACUCUCUAGGUCGACUCCUGAAGGUGCUCGGGAUUAUCUGGUUCCAUCGAGAGUCCAGCCAGGAACAUUCUAUGCUUUGCCCCAAAGUCCACAGCUGUUCAAGCAAAUGCUAAUGGUCUCUGGAUUUGACAAAUACUAUCAAAUAGCAAGAUGUUUUAGGGAUGAAGAUCUAAGGGCGGAUAGGCAACCUGAAUUCACACAAUUGGAUAUGGAAUUGGCUUUCACCCCUCUUGAGGACAUGUUAAGGCUCAAUGAAGAUUUGAUUAGAAAGGUUUUUCUAGAUAUCAAAGGCGUAGAACUACCAAAKCCUUUCCCAAGGCUUACAUAUGCUGAAGCAAUUAGUCGUUAUGGCUCAGACAGGCCRGAUACCCGUUUUGAUCUUCAACUCAAAGACGUUUCUGAUAUUUUCUCAGAUUCCUCCUUCAAAGUUUUCGCAGAUGCAUUGAGUAGUGGAGGGRUUAUCAAGGUAAUAUGUGUGCCUUCAGGAGCAAAAGCUUUUUCCAACACUGCUCUGAAGAAAGGUGAUAUUGUCAGUGAAGCAAUCAAAUCUGGGGCAAAGGGGUUGCCAUUUUUGAAGAUCUUGGAAGAUGGGCAACUUGAAGGGAUUUCUGCACUAACAUCAAGUUUGGAUCCCACGAAAAAAGAAUUGUUUCUGAAAAGAUGCGAGGCAGGAUCAGGCGACCUUAUCUUGUUUGCAGUAGGCUUCCCUGCAUCAGUUAACAAAACAUUAGACCGGCUAAGGCUGUAUAUAGCCAACAUGAUGGGCAUGGUUGACCAUUCCAAGCAUUCUAUCUUGUGGGUAACAGAUUUUCCGAUGUUUGAAUGGAAUGAUGCCGAGCAGAGGCUUGAGGCGCUUCAUCACCCUUUUACUGCUCCAAAUCCCGAGGACAUGAAUGAUCUUGCUUCCGCUCGUGCCUUGGCUUAUGACAUGGUCUACAAUGGUGUCGAGAUUGGUGGAGGAAGUUUGAGAAUUUAUCGGCGAGAUGUCCAGCAAAAGGUUCUAGAGAUCAUUGGCAUUCCCCUAGAGCAGGCUGAAGCCAAGUUUGGGUAUCUUCUGGAAGCUCUUGACAUGGGUGCUCCUCCACACGGUGGAAUCGCUUAUGGGUUAGAUCGAUUGGUGAUGCUACUGAGCGGUAGCAGUUCGAUAAGGGACGUGAUAGCGUUCCCCAAAACGACGACGGCACAAUGUGCUCUUACUCGUUCACCUUCAGAGGUCGAUCCUCAACAACUCAGAGACCUCUCUUAUCAUCUCAUCCAGUAGACAGACGACGACUUUCCGCCACUUUUACCGACUUUCUUCAUCUUUGAUGGUAGUAGUAACAGUUCCUAAAGUUUCUUGAGAAAUAUGGUGAAAUUGAGAUGACCCAACAUGAGUUAUUGUUAUUUAGACAUUGGAUGCUAAAAAAGCGACAGUUGUGAUACAGAAAAGCAGCAGUCAGAAAUUAUUG